AUGGAGUUUGCAUCAAGGUCUGAAUUUUCAAUUUGGACCAAAACACUUUUGUUUGCCAUGAUUAACGUUUUGGCUUUCUUUGGGAAUCUUCUCACUUGUUAUGUCGUGUACAGAAACCGCAGGCUCCGCACGAUUCCCAACAUGUUCGUAAUAGCACUGGCUGUGAGCGAUAUUCUGAUUUCCUCGUGCUGCAUGCCUUUUACUGUUGCAACUCUUUUCCACGGUCGAUGGAUCUUUGGUGAAACGUUUUGUCGAAUUAAUGGUUUCGCAGUUCUCACGUUUGCGGUGGCCUCAAUUCAUUGCAUGGGAGUCAUUGCAAUCAGCCGGUAUUUCUGCGUUGUAAAACCAGAAAGGUACUUGGUGUUGUUCAAGAAGGAAAAAAUUUGUCUGUACAUUGCUUGUGCGUGGUUCGCAGCUCUCGUUGGAUCUGUGCCUCCCCUUUUCUUUGAGAGAGGUGGAUUUGAAUUCAAGCUGGGGAAAGGGAUGUGUUUGUACACUUUCGAAAGCGACAUUGUUUAUACAUUGUUUUUAGAAUUUGUUAGCAUCACAGCCCCCUUAACACUUAUAACCAUCUGCUAUGCAAAGGUGUUCCGUGCAGUUUCAAGAUCAAAUCGUGUUUUCUCGGAAGAAAGCGAUUUUUCCCGCUUGCGAGCGAAUGUUGAAGAAGCUAAAGUGACCAAGAGUUUAUUAGCAGUUCUGGUCGGUUUUGUGUCUUGCUGGCUGCCAAUUUUUGUAAUUGACACCACUGAUGCCAUGCGUGGGGACGACACCUGGCCGCGGGGGUGUACAUUUCUUACGCGUUCCUGCUUUACACGAGCAGCACCAUCAACCCAGUUAUAUAUGGCGUCAUGA